AAAUUUGCAACGCACCACGGGAAGUGUCAAAGUUGUGCAAAUUCGAAACACAAAAGAAAAUGUAGAAAAAUCAACACAAAACCGAAACUGGCGUCGUUAUUAGCUAAAGUUUUCAAUAAUCUCGCCAACAAUUGAUUGUUGAUCAUGUAAUAGUAGCUGGUCUCAUUUCUCUCACCUAGAAAACAAACAAGAGCUCGUUCCGGUCGGAUAACCUGCUAAGGUUCAUUAGGCGUGCAAAAUCCGGCUAGUCUGCGUAAGGACUUAGAAAGUUGGGUGGCUUCUAGCACUGAAAAUGAUUUUUCGAGUGGUGGAAGCUGCCAAGGUGGCCCGCAGUCCACAUUUCGUUUCCUAUUUUAUCUUUUGUAAGCAGAAGAACACCAAUCAGAUUGGAAUUCUUUCCCUGCGAGCGCUCUCCGUCUUGACUAGGUCGAAGAUAGUCCGGAGCACACUUGUUAAUAAUAGUAGAAGACCACUUUUCUACAAUAUCAACCGGAAUUUGAACACUGCGGGAUUUUUGAACAGGCCUCAAUCGACCACAACGAAAGAGGAUAAAAACAGUGCUUCGGCUGAGAGUCAAACGCAGGAAACUACCUUGGAAAUUAACACCAAAGCCGGGAAGCUAAUCGUGACCACAACGACUGCCGAUUCGAAACUGCAAGAGGUGAUAAUCGAAAAACCAAAACCGGAAGAUGUCGCACAGGACAUUGAUGCGGUUUCACAGCAAGCUGACCAAAUUGCUGUUCCGAAUGAAGAACAACUCAAAGCCCAAGAAGCGGUUGCGAAGGAACAGCUCGCUGAGAAAAAUAGGCAAUUGGCCAAAAAGCGAAUUCGUGUGGAUUUUUCCCGUUCUUCGCUCGAGAGGAACUUCAUAACGCCUGUUCGAGCGAUGACCGAUUUCCUGUUGAAGCCGUCCGAUUUGGAAAACUUGGCCAAAACCAAGCGAAGGUCUCCUUACGAACAGGAACCCCCAAUCACCGUUUACUGGCGGAAGGAUGUCGAGGCGAAGGCAAUCGAAGUUUGGGGCACAAGGGAGAAUUUGCUGAAGGAAUGCUUGAAGCGAGAGAUCGAGAAAAAGCGGCACCAGCAGAAUAUUUUCACGGUGAAACGAAGACUGCGGGAUUACCGGCGGGAGAUCGGAAGCCGAACGAAUGUGGUCGAUUCUGAGCCGGGGCUUUUCGGUAAUUCGGGAAAGGUGGUACUGACAGCAAUUGCUAUCAACGCAACCAAUUGCUUGUUCAAAUUUGGCGCCUGGUUGUACACCGGUUCGCAUAGUAUGUUCGCCGAAACCAUCCAUUCGCUAGCCGACACCAUCAAUCAGUUGAUUUUGGCCUACGGCAUCCACAAGAGUACCCAAAUUGCCGAUCCGGAUCAUCCGUACGGGUACAGUAACAUGAAGUACGUGUCUUCACUCAUUUCGGGAGUGGGAAUUUUCUGUGUUGGGACCGGAUUGUCGUUUUACCACGGUAUUAUGGGUUUGGUAGAUCCUCAUCCGAUCGAUGACUUCUACUGGGCUUUUUUCAUCCUCGGUGGUUCGAUGGUGUCGGAAGGUGCAACGCUUUUGGUGGCCAUAAACAGUUGUCGAAGUGGAGCGAAGGCGCUGGGGAUGAGUUUUAGGGAUUAUGUCGUCAGAGGACAGGAUCCGUGCGUAAAUGUGGUGCUGACUGAGGAUGCAGCGGCAGUUUUGAGUGUUGGUCUCGCUGCCACCUGUAUGGGUUUGUCGACAUAUACGGGAUCACCGAUUCCGGACGCGGUUGGAUCGCUGCUGGUUGGAUGCAUGCUGGGGGGAGUGGCUUCAUUCAUAAUCUACACUAACGUUGCGGCACUCGUGGGGCGAUCUAUCCGGCAGGAGAAUCUCGAUAAAAUUAACGCUGAGCUGGAGAGUGAUAUAAUGAUAAGAGCCAUCCAUGAUGUCAAAGGUAUCGACAUGGGGAAUUCUUUGGUUCGAUACAAGGCGGAAAUGGAUUUCGAUGGUCGGGAGCUGACGCGAGUCUAUCUCGAUAAGCAAGACCUGAAUGUGUUGCUCGAUGAGGUCAAAACGUUCCAGACGACCGACGAGUUGGAGGCGUUCCUCUUGACACAUGGCGAAAGCAUUGUAGAUUUGAUGGGUGGCGAGAUCGAUCGUAUUGAGAUGAAGUUAAGGAAAAAAUUCCCCGAAAUUCGGCACUGUGAUCUGGAAAUUCUGUAAGUUUAUAGAUAAGGUAACUGAGACGCUAAAAGUGAGUAUAAAAUAGAAAGGAUGCUUCAAUUAUUUACAAAUAAAACAAUAAUCAAGAAUUCCUAAUUUGCGGGGAAUCUUCCAAAAUGUGUGGUGAUAUAUUACAGCUAGAAACUUUCAAGAAAUGUGACAAAUAAAUGAAGCAAAAUACAACACAACAGUGUUGGAAAGAUAACCUCAUAAUAACAGCAGAAAAUCAAAUGGAAGCUUACCCUCCUCAAAUACACAAUUUAAAAAUGGGAACAUUGUUCCUGAUCUCAAAAUAAUGGAUCUUAAAACUCACUGUUCACAGUAUUGAAAACUAAAACGAAAAAAAAACCUGGAGAUAUUACAAAUAAAUAUC